UUAAUUAUAUUUCGCAAUAUGAUGCAGAGAUAUCAUUCACGACCCGUAUUAUUGUUAUAAAAAUGGUAGACUCUGAUCAUGAGGAAGAAGACAUCGAAAUCGAUAAGUUGGAGUUAUCUUCAGAUUCUACAGAUAUUAUAACAACAAAGAAAAGACCACGAAUGGAAGAUUCUGAAGAUGAAACAAAAAAUUUACCUAAAAAAAAGCAAAAUUUUUUCAAUGAAGGGUCAGAAAUAUUAAAAAAAGAUAAAACUGAAACAGUUUCAGAUAAAAAUGGUACAGAUCAAUAUAAUAUAAAAGAGGAAAAGGAUGCAGUAUAUAAAGAAAGUGAGCAAAAGAUACAUGAGAAUUCUCUGUCUGAAUCAAACACUGAUAAAGAAGAUGAAAAAGAUAAAGAAGAACAAGAUCAUAAACCAAACAAACAGGAGAAUGGGAAUGAGAGUCUUUUAGACAAAGAUAAUUCCAUUGUGGAUGAAAAUUCUUUCAAAAUAAAUAAAGAGAAAACAGAUAUAAAAAAGGAAGAAGAAGGAAGUGACGAAGACAAAGAAAAAGAAGAAAGUAAAAAAAAAGGACGCGUUAUAAAAAAUCGAACUGUGGAUACAGAAGUCGUAGAUGGAUUGGAGCUUUCAGUGGAAUGCGCAAGUGAGAAAGAAGAAUCAAGUUCUGAAAGUGAAGAUGAGAAAGAAAUAAAGCUGCGUCCAAAGACGGAAAUUGUACUCGAUCUAAAUGAGUCAGAUUGUAGAGACAGUUUGUCAGAGGCAGAAAAAUCUGAUUCACAAAAAACCACUGACACAUUGGAGAUUAAAUCAGAGAAGACAAAGAAAAAAAGGACGCGAACAAGUUUCAGUAAACAGAAGGCUUCUGAAUCUGAGGACAGUCUGAAUAAUAAUUCAGAUGAAGAUUAUAGUCCACGGACUAAAAAAAAAAUGAAAAAACUUCAAAUGACUAGCAAAGCAAAACGUUCUAUGGAGCCAAAAAGAGGACGAGGUGUAAAGAAAUCUUAUAAGAAGAAUACUGAAGAUAUAUCUGAUGAUGAAAGUGCGGAUUCAACAGAGGAAACUAAUAAAACAAAAACUAAAGACAACAUGAAAGAAGAAUUAUCAGAAAAGGAGUCUUCAGCAAGUAAAAGUAAUAAUAAUUCAGCAAGUGAAAGUAAUAAUUCUGAAGAUGAAGAAGAUAUGAAGAAUAGAAGAACAAGACGUAGGAAUGCUGAUCCGGAAAAUAAUAGGCAAAUACAGACAUUGAAAAAAUAUAUAAAAACAGCUGGUAUAAGAGUAAAAUGUUUUAAUGACCUUUGGGCUGGUUGUAAGAGUAAUUCUGCAAAAAUUAAGCGCCUAAAAGAAUUGUUAGAAAGAAAUGGUAUUAGUGGAAGACCAACAUUGGAAAAAUGUAAACGAGUGAAAAAGAACGAAAGAAUGCGAGAAGCAUCCGAAUUAGAUGUAUCCAAUAUUAUAUCUGAAGGACGUGUUACGCGCGCAAGAAGAAAUAUCGUAAAAUCAACAUCUCCAGAUACACCGCAACGAUAUCGAGAAACUCACAAACGUAUUCAUAGCAUCGUGGAUAGUGAUUCAGAAUAGAGCACAGCAGGUUGGGAAGUGAGUUAUGAUUGUUAAAUCAUGUAAAUAUAUCUAAUUAUGUGCGCAUGUUAGUAUAGGACAUGCGUACAUAUAAUAUACAUAUAAUAUUUUUCUAAUAUUCAUAUAUUUUUGCAUAUCAUAAUUAUCAUUACUUAUAGUGUCUUUCUUGUCCUAUUUUUUUCAAUGAAUUAUGUAAUUAUUAAUGAUAUUAAAUUGUGUGAA